AAAUGCUCAGACCAAAGCAAACCGAACCUCCUGCCACACCCUGCUCACCGUCUACUCCUACAGCAUGUGACAUGUGCGGAGAAGCACCCUCCUUCAUCUGCUCCAACUGUGGCUCCCUCCCUUACUGUGAAAGAUGUGACGCUGUUGUCCAUCGUCACCCUGAAAAAGUCGCUCAUAAGAGAGAUCACAUAUCACCCUCUCAGAAAGAGAACUGCGCUAUCUGUGGUUUGGCUCCUGUUGCUGCUAACUGCCCAACCUGUGCCCAGAGGCUGUGCACAGAAUGUGACAAACUGCGUCACUCUCACCCCGACCGGAAGGGUCACAGAAGAAUGCCUGUGAACAUAACCAAAGCUCCAGAAUCUUUACGGCUGUCUUUCUCAUCGUGGGAAUGUACACAGUGCUCCACUGUAAACCACGCUCGGGCAGUCACGUGUAGGAGUUGUGGACGACCACCUCUGGGUAACGCUUCCCCUGCUGGACAAGAGGCCUCAUCCCCCUCUACUCCAUCAGAGUGGGAAUGUAAGAGUUGCACAAUGGUGAACUCAGGUACCAGCGUUCUCUGUGAGGUGUGCGAGCGUCCACGUCUAGCAACACGGCCUCCGAUAACACCUGAGCAACUCUUUCCUCCCAAACCCAAUCCACCAGUGGAUACAGAGGCAGAGUGGACGUGCAAGCAUUGCACCUUCGUCAACUCUUCGCCCAGUGCUGUGUGUGAAAUGUGUAACCUGUCACGCAAUGAACCAGUUGUGAAAACAAACAAAAGUCCACCACUUGAAAACACUAUGCAGCACUUUGAAAAGCCCCAAGUCCCGCCAAGGCAGGUGGACCUGAAGAGGCAGGAGAGCAUGCGGAAUGAAGGACUUACACUCAUCCGUUAUAUCAGAGAUGGAGAAAAGAGGGGGAUUAGUCCCGAGGAGGUGUAUGCUGCCCUUAACGUUUCGGGAGGCAGUAACGUGGACCCUUUUGACUGGCUGCAGUCUGAGUUACCGCAUCUGCUAGAUGAAAUCUGUGCCGUGGUCGCUUCCAUUCAGGACAAUAAAACUGCCAAGGACGGUCAGCCACAAAGCGGGGAAGUAUUGUUAUCAAGAGCAGAGGCCAAACAAGCCUGGCUUGACGCAGGGGGCAAUACUGAGAAAGCUGUCCAAAAGUUACUGAAAAGCAGACAGGCAAAGACACGUGAACUGCAGUCUUUAGGCUUCACAGACCGGGUGAAAUGUGAGGAAGCACUGAGAGUGAGUGGAGGGGACUUGAAUGGGGCUUUGACUCACUUACAACACCCCCUACUGGAACCAUUACGUCAGCGCAUCUGGAGUGAACAGACAGAAAUCAUCAUAGAUCCUAAAGACCCUGAUAAAGAGAAGACGUGUCGGAGACUGCUUGCGCUGUACGACCUGCCGAGCUGGGGUCGCUGUGAGUUAGCAUGGUCUCUACUUCAGGAACCUGGGGCUGAGUACACGUUAGACGAUGUCGUCCAAGCGGUCAAACAACACCACGACCGCGACUUCGUCCGCCGCAUGCUUGUUCAGGAUUGUGCAAUUUGCUAUUGCAACUUUCCGUUUAGUAAGAUGGCAUCUUUGAUAUCAUGUCAGUGCUCCAUAUGCAAUGAAUGUUUUCAAGAACACUUCACUGUCGCUGUGAAAGACAAACACAUCAGAGACAUGGUGUGUCCAGCCUGUGGGGAACCAGACAUCAACGACCCUGAAGCCCUUUACAAUUACUUCUCUAUCCUGGAUUCACAGCUGAAGAACUGUCUUAAGCGUGACGUGCAUGAGCUCUUCAUGAAGAAGCUUGCAGAAUACACGCUUAUGCAGGACCCAAAGUUCCUCUGGUGUUCCCAUUGCACUAAUGGCUUCAUCUAUGAUGGAACGCAGCUCAAAGUGACCUGCCAGGCUUGCCAUAAGAGCUUCUGUUCAAAGUGCAAGAAACCAUGGGAGGAUCAGCAUGAGAAUGUCACUUGUGAGCAGUUUCAGACCUGGAAAAGAGAGAAUGAUCCAGAAUAUCAGAGACAGGGUCUAGCUGGUUACAUACGAGACAAUGGCAUCAAAUGUCCAGGCUGUGGAUUUCAGUAUGCUUUGGCAAAAGGAGGCUGCAUGCAUUUUACCUGUUCACAGUGCAGGCAUGAGUUCUGCAGUGGCUGUAACGGCCCAUAUCACAAAACAGGAUGCCCUGUGAGAGAGUGCACCAUGCAAAAUGGGCUGCACGCACACCACCCCCGUGACUGCCUCUUUUACUUACGUGACUGGGAACCACCAAGACUUCAAGCCUUACUACAGAAAAGUGGUGUUGAAUUCAAUACUGAACCACCCAAUGGAAUUCAGACAGGAGAGUGUGGAGUAAUGGAGCAGAAGGAUGAGGCUGGACAACAUGUUGACUCUCCAUGUGGACAUGAGGUUGCCCUUGGGCACGCUGGACUUUGCGAUAAACACUACAGAGAGUAUCUGGUCAGCCUCAUCAAUGAGCAUGCCCUCGAUCCCGCCCCACUCUUUGAUAAAGAUGAAUUAGUGACUGCCUGCAAGAGAUAUUACAUAGAUCAUACACAGGAAGACAAUGAGGAUGAUGUCACAUAUCACAACAGACUGUUGCAGAAACUGAUGGAGCUUCCGCUUGGAGAAAAGAUUCCUCGGAAAAAGUGAGAAGA